AUGUCUAUGAGACAAUAUCCCUCAGGUGCAAAAAAACGUGAUAUUCGAAAGAAAAGAAAAGCAGAAGAUGCGAAAAACGAAGGCGCCUUGUUGACAUUUUUAGCGAAACGACCGGUAACCCCAUCAUCAGAAACUACUCAAACAGAAAUAACAGCUGGUAAUCAAAGUGCAGUCGUCUCGGCAACAGCCAGUAUGGAUUCUGAGUCCUAUCCAACAGAAUUGCCAGAAUCUGAACCGCCGGCUAAAGGUUCUAUAGAGGUCGCGAGUAUUGAAACUGUUGAUAACUGUAGUGAAAUUUUGACAGAUAUUGCUAUGUGGCCAGCGAAUUUGACAGAAACCAUGCGUAAUUAUGUUUUGGAUUUCAAACCAAAAAAUGUUGGCGACUUUUCAUGUGCUAGCAUGUUGAUGACAGAUCGUGGCAGACAAUAUUUUCGUCAUUUGUCUGAACAUAACUUUUACUUGACCAAGGCGAAUGGCCAAAAAGAAAGACGGGACAGAGUUACGACAAUGCUUCUAACAUGUCUUGGCUUGCAGGCGCGAAUCAAGGCACACAGUCCCAAUGCAGUUUACAUUCCCUGCUCUAGCCAUAGCUUAAAUCUACGCCGAAAAAUCAUCUUUUACAACACUUUCAGCAAAAUCAACUUCGACGUCGAACGACACAUCAGCAUUUACAAAAACGUUAGCACUAUCUUUCUUCAAUGUCAUACGAGGACACACCAGAAACAGAAAUAUUUACGUCGACUCCAGUACACCCAAAUCGACCCAUCAACACCGACAUUCUUCCGCCUCAGAGAACUACAAGAUCGGGAAAAGCAGUUCAACUCCCAUAUCGAUAUCUUGUUUAGGAUCGAUCAACAGCUUAUGCUGACGAUCUGGUGGGAGAGUAUUGUUGGAACGCACAUCCAUAUUUUAAGCACGUUACGAUUUGCUAUAUGUAUAUUGAAAACUUCCCUUCUUGCUGCGUUUUACGAUCGAACUUCUCUUUGUAAAUUUGUAUAG